GACAAAGCCCAUCGUGAUCAAAUCCCAACCCCGCCAUUUGUGCAGAGUGGUGCCGACCAGGAGCCUUAUCCUUUUCCUAUACGGACGCCUCUGCUGAAAGCUUAGUUCGAAUUUCGAAACCAAAGACCAGACGAGGACUCGUAGUAGUCGGCCAUGGCCUCUCCAUUAUCGGGGCUCCAAUUGGUGUCGGCGCAUUCUCCGCGUUUGCAUCUCCGGUCCAAGGGCUGGUCUGACGGAGAUGUUUUGAGUGUUGCAAGACCAACUAUGGUUUCUGGAACAAAACAUUUGCAUCCAAGUUAUUUUCAACCAAAAACCCUGGCCUUCUCAGGGGUGUCGUUGACAUCAAGAUGUCACUAUUCAUCAGGCUUUUCCCUUCCACAACUUUCCAAAUUGCCUUCAGUUGCAAGCCGAAGGUUGGUGUGCAUCAACUCUAUGGUGAAAGAUCUAGAGCUGCAAGCAAAAGUGACAACCAAGUGCUUCUUUGAUGUAGACAUUGGGGGUGAACCAAUUGGUAGGAUUGUUAUGGGGCUGUUUGGAGAUGUUGUUCCAAAAACUGUUGAGAAUUUUCGCAUCUUGUGCACAGGGGAGAAAGGAUAUGGUUACAAAGGAUGCUACUUCCACCGCAUUAUCAAAGAUUUCAUGAUCCAAGGAGGGGACUUCACUGAAGGAAAUGGCACUGGAGGAAUCAGUAUUUAUGGUCGUAGUUUCGAAGAUGAGAAUUUCAACUUGAAGCAUGUUGGACCAGGGGUGUUGAGCAUGGCCAACGCGGGUCCAAACACAAAUGGCAGCCAAUUCUUUAUUUGCACAGUUAAGACUCCAUGGUUGGACAAUCGACACGUUGUUUUUGGGAAUGUUAUUGAUGGAAUGGAUGUUGUACGGAAGCUCGAAUCCCAGGAGACAGGCAGAUACGAUCGCCCUGAGUUGCCUUGCAGAAUUGUCAAUUGUGGGGAGCUUCCAUUAGAUGGAUGAUCUGUAUCAAUAUACAGCCAUGGAGUCAAAUUUAAAGCCCUCGCUGAAAGAAUUAAUGAUCCACACAGCCUUGAUCUCUCUAGAUAAGCUUAAAGCUUUGUAAUUUCUAGAUUAUGGAACCAAUGUGCUCAAGAUAAUUAAUGGAAACUAUGCUGCUCUAAUCUUAACAUUUUUGCCUGAUAUAGUGAGAA